AUGGCAGAAAGAUGGAUGCCUUACAGCGUCCACAGGAAGAUCCUGGAUGAAGAGGCUGUCGAUGAUAUGGCAGGAAAAACUGAAUCAAAAACACAGACUCUGUUUGAGAAAGUCAAAAAGUCAAUGAGGUGUUCUGCUCCCUGCCUGAAGAGCUUCCUGCUGCGUAGCAUUCCUCUCUUAUCAUGGCUGCCUCGUUACCCCAUCAGAGAAUAUGCCAUUGGUGACCUGAUCUCUGGAAUCACUGUGGGGAUCAUGCAGCUACCGUUUGGUAUGGCCUUUUCCUUGCUGGCAUCUGUUCCUCCAAUCUUUGGCCUUUACUCCGGCUUCUACCCCGUCCUUAUUUACUUCAUCUUUGGCACAUCCAAGCACAUCUCAGUAGGAGCAUAUGCAGUGGUGGGUGUGAUGAUAGGAGCAGUGGCAGAUCGACUUAUCCCAGACUCAGACUUCAUGAUAUGGGACAAUGUGACCAACUCCAGCAUAGUUCACACCACGUCUCGGGAUGCAGCGAGGAUUCGAGUGGCUGCAGCUGUCACCUUCUUCUCUGGAGUAUUUCAGAUUCUGCUCAGUCUGGUCCGGUUUGGUUACCUGGUGACGUACCUGUCUGAGCCUCUGGUCCGAGGUUACACCACUGGAACAGCUUUUCACAUCAUUGUUUCCCAGCUCAAAUACACCUUUGGCAUCAACCACGUGAGACACAGUGGAUCAUUCUCACUGAUAUAUACGGUGCUAGAGUGUUGUUAUCUCAUUCCACAAACAAACAUUGGUACUUUGGUGGUUAGUGCUGUCACCAUAGUCUGCCUUAUUCUUGCUAAGGAGCUCAAUGCAUACUUGAGUAAAAAACUACCUGUUCCUAUACCUGUGGAGCUGCUGGCUGUGAUUAUUGGUACAGUCAUCUCCUGGCAAGUGAACUUGGAGGAGAAAUAUGGAGUGGAUGUGGUGGGACUCAUUCCCUCAGGUCUCCAGCCACCGGUUUUCCCAGACAUCUCUUUGUUUGCUCAGGUGAAAGGGGACGCCUUUGCUGUGUCUGUGGUUGGCUAUGGCAUGGUCAUCUCACUAGGACAAAUUUUCGCCCUGAAAUAUGGAUACAAGGUGGACAGCAACCAGGAACUAAUCGCCCUGGGUCUGAGUAACUCUUUUGGAGGAAUUUUUCACAGUUUGUCCGUCAGCUGCUCCAUUCCUCGAACUGCGGUUCAGGAGAGCACAGGAGGGAAAACUCAGGUUGCUGGAGCUCUAUCAGCAAUAGUUGUCCUUAUUACCGUGCUUUGGAUUGGGGCUCUCUUUAAAGAUCUGCCCAAGGCAGUGCUGGCUGCCAUCACCUAUGUCACCCUCCAAAGCACGUUAAAGCAAUUCCUGGACAUCCCUGUACUGUGGAGAAAAAACAAAUUAGAUGCAGUAAUCUGGAUGGCCACCUUCAUCUUCACCUUGCUGCUGAACCCGGACAUGGGACUAGCUGCUGCCAUCGGCUUCUCCAUGCUCACUGUCAUCUUCAGGACACAGCUACCUAAAUAUUCUCUGCUGGGGCAGGUCCCUGGCACUGACAUUUACAGGCCACUGGAGGAAUACAAUCAGUUGAGGCCGGUACCGGGGAUUUUGAUCUUCCGUUCCUCUGCUACACUAUACUUUGCUAAUGCUGAGAUGUAUCAAGAUGCCCUGGGAAAGAAGUCUGACAUUGAUAUUGCCAAGAUCCUGUCAGCAAAGAAGAAACUGGAGGUCAAAAAGAAGAGGAUCGAGAAGGACAAUGCCAAGAGAGCCAAGAAGAAUGGAACAAAUAUGGAGCCAGAGCAGAUGGACAUUGCUGUUAUUAAAAUGGAUGAGCGUGAGCCCACAUACCCACGAGCCAUCGUUCUUGACCUCAGCCCUGUGAACUUCCUGGAUACUGUGGGAAUCAAGGCGCUACAAAAUAUCCAAAGAGACUAUGGAGAAAUUGGUAUCGAGGUGGUUCUUGCUGGCUGCCAAACUGGUGUGGUGGACAACCUGCAGUCUGGAGGUUUCUUCAGUGACAAAAUGACCAAGUCCUCUCUGUUCUCCACCAUCCAUGAUGCCAUUUUGUACUGUCAGUCUGCCAGAAUGAAAGAUGAGGAGACCGUGGUGACAGUGUUCUGAGUCCUGAGAGAAAAGAUGGAGGACAUUAUGAAAAAUGACAGAAACUGAUGUUAUCCUCUGAGC